CAGAGAGUAACAGUGCAACAAAUCCACUAUUCUUUAAGAAACCUCACAGACUCCUCUGUCUGGCAAAGGAAAACAUCAUUCUCUUGCUUGCAGCUGCCUUGAAGAUCCUCCUUAAAGACGUGAUCGGCAACAUUAUGGACCAGUCUAUAGCUAUCCAGGACACAUUAUACAAGGAAGAGAACUGUGUUGCUGCGGUGCAAGGAAUUUUGGUCAUGCCUCACAGUAAUGAAAGUCGACUUGUGGGACUGGUGAAGAAUAAAGAGGCAGCAGCAUUAUUCCUGUUUAAGCACAGGAGAAUGGCUAUCUGUGCAGAUGAUGUAUCUCUUGAUGCGAUAGUUCCUCUGGUACAUGGAGUCUCUGUUGAGAAAGUGACACCAUAUGAGGGCUUCCAUGUUAUCGGUUCCGACAUCACAGUGAAAAUAAAGUCUCCAGACACUAACAUUGAGAUGCAGCUUCCGUUUGGUUCAAACACUCAUGAAUUUGUACAGAAAGUCAGCCAGUCUCUACAAGGGCUUCCAUCCUCCCAGUUUGUGUGGCUAAGAAAAUAUUGGCAGAGAAGUCUCCCCGAUCUCAACAGUCUCUCCUUGAGCAGUGUCGAGGAUCCUGACCAAAACCGCACUUUAGCAGUGGAGGGCAGUGGAGUCGAGUCAGGUCAAGGCACGGAAUGCCUCUAUCAGAAUGGACAGUGGCUGAAAAGUGGGCAGAGGCAUGAACCCUCGCGUUCUCCGCAGACCAGCAUCAGACACAAUAAAGCUAAAUCCGAUAUCACAGACAUGGUGCGCUCAGCAGACAUGAUCGCGGCGAACAAAGCGGAAAUGCUGCCCUUUCCCAAAUUCGGGCUGCGGGACAAUUUGAUUAAAUCCGAGCUCCUCAAAAAGGAACAGAGCUACACCUCAAUCCAGAACUACAGGUUUUUUGUUGGAACAUACAACGUCAACGGACAGUCUCCCAAGGAGAGUCUACAGCUGUGGCUCGGUAAAGACUCGGAGCCUCCUGAUGUGUACUGUAUUGGGUUUCAGGAGCUUGAUCUGAGCAAGGAAGCUUUCUUUUUUAACGACACCCCCAAGGAAGAGGAAUGGUUUAAAGCUGUAUCUGAUGGACUGGACCCCAGAGCUAACUAUGCAAAGAUCAAGCUGGUCAGACUAGUUGGAAUAAUGCUGCUAUUGUAUGUGAAGAAGGAGCUAGCUAUAUACGUCUCAGAAGUUGAAGCUGAAACAGUGGGCACUGGAAUAAUGGGAAGAAUGGGUAACAAAGGGGGUGUCGCAAUCCGGUUCCGAUUUCACAAUACGCACUUGUGUGUUGUCAAUGCUCAUUUGGCCGCUCAUGUAGAAGAAUAUGAAAGAAGAAACCAGGAUUUCAGAGAAAUCUGCUCACGAAUGCAUUUCUCCCAGGAGGACCCCACGCUUCCACCACUGACCAUUCACAAGCACGAUGUGGUUUUGUGGCUUGGAGACCUAAACUACAGAUUAAAAGAAGUAGACAUGGAGAAAGUAAAGAAACUGAUUGAAGACAAAGAUUAUCAAACACUCUACAAGUUUGAUCAGCUUAAGCAACAGAUUGAUGAAAGGACAGUAUUUGAAGGUUUUACAGAGGGAGAAAUAAAAUUUCAGCCCACGUACAAGUAUGAUCCUGGUUCUGAUGAGUGGGACACAAGUGAGAAGUGCCGUGCUCCAGCUUGGUGUGAUCGCGUACUGUGGAAAGGCAAAAAUGUAUCUCAGCUGGAUUACCGAAGCCACAUGAGUCUCAAAACAAGCGACCACAAACCGGUCAGCUCUGUCUUUGACAUUGGGGUGAAAGUAGUUAAUGGAAAGCUGUACAAGAAAACUUUUGAAGAAAUUGUUCGUUCGUUGGAUAAAAUGGAGAACGACAGCAUUCCUUCAGCAAGCCUGUCUCAGACAGAGUUUCACUUCAAGGAUGUUAAGUAUAUGCAACUGCAAGUCCAGACAUUCACCAUUCAUAAUGACGGGCAGGUGGCGUGUCAGUUUGAGUUCAUCACUAAGCUGGAUGAAUUGUCUUACAGCAAACAAUGGCUCAGGGCCAAUCCAAGCAAAGGAUUUCUCACACCAGGAGCCAAAGCAGAGAUAGAACUGGAAAUGUUUGUCAACAACCAGUCAGCCGCUCCACUCAACUCUGCUGAGGAGAUCCUUGAAGAUAUUCUAGUUCUCCAUUUGGAGAGAGGGAAGGAUUUUUUUCUGUCCGUGACGGGGAAUUACCUCCACAGCUGCUUUGGAUCGCCCAUCCAGAUGUUGUGCCACAUGAGAGAGCCCAUCCGAGACAUGCCCGUUGACAAGAUCAGGCAGCUGGCGCUCAUGCCACUACAAACGAAGGAAGACUUUGUUGGUGAAGAGAAGCCUCUUGAUGUCCCGAAAGAACUCUGGAUGCUGGUUGACCAUUUGUAUCGUAAUGCUUCCCAAGAGGAAGAUUUGUUCCAGCAGCCAGGGCUAAGAUCUGAAUUUGAAGCCAUCAGAGACUGUCUGGAUACAGGAUUUCCAGAAUACCUUUCUGGUAGUAACCAUUCUGUUGUUGAAGCCUUGCUGCUGUUCCUGGAGAGUCUUCCUGAACCUGUGGUCUGCUACCAGGAUUACGACAGGUGCUUGGAAUGUGUCGGAGAUUAUGCCAGCAGUAAAAAGGUGAUAGCGUCAUUGCCACUUUAUCACAAAAAUGUAUUUAAUUACCUGGUAUCCUUUCUGCAAGAACUGCUGAAUAGUUCAUCACGGAACCACUUGGAUGUCAAUAUACUGGCAAGUAUAUUUGGAAACCUGCUUCUUCGACCCCCGCCUAGUCGUACAAGUCACACCAACACAGACAAGAGGAAAUGUCAGGAAUUUAUUCAGCAGUUCCUUCUGCCCAAACAAGCGCUGUGACGUCCAACUCGCCAAUAAUCAAUCAUUCCUAAGAUCUAAGGCCAGAAGAAAUGCUACAGGCAUGCCACUUUUUGCUAUUUCACAGUGUCUUU